GUCCAAUUCUGAUUCUGUCUUGUCGCGCUCCAAUCUGACAUCUCACAGACCUGCAUAUUUCAGUCUACACAUACUGAUCGUCCCGCUGUGAUAAAGAUAAAGUGAUUGGCUCGCGACGCCGACAACAUGACACGCAUCACGCGCGGCACUCAACCCCAGCUCUCGGAGUCUUGGGCAAACAUGGACGAUUCUCGAGAUGACGUUGCAGCCAUUACAUCGGAAGAGGAAUUCCAACCGCGUAUUCGAGAAGCGUACUACAACUCUCACAAAUCUGUGACCUUGCCAAAAUCACCCCCUCAACAAGUCUCGUCGCAAGGUCAGUCAUCUUCGUCACCUCGCAAACGGGAUGCGUUGCAGAUAAGCAAAGAGCCCGAGUUCGUCAUGCCCACUCCUGAGGCCAGCGGAUAUCUAGACGAUCCUCCGAGAAGAACACCAACAAGACAGACUCCAAAACCGGCGAUGCGAGCAUCAACUAUUCGAAAAUCUGUAUCUGCCAAGCGUGUCACUCCUGUUGCUCAACCCGAAAGACGUGGACGCAAAACUGCCAAAACUACCACUCAAACCGCGUCGCCUGACUAUGUCCAGUAUGUCUGGCGCAACCUUUUCCUGCCUUUGCUCAAAUAUGUGCUAUCAGUCUUCUCAAUUGCUGCAAAUGCUCUGAAACCACUCCUUGGCUACACAUUGAUUGUAGUACUGAUGGCAGUUGGCAUAGGCAUUGCAAAGACCAUGUUGGUCCACAGUGUCACUAAUGCGCUAUCUCCGUUGUGCAACAUACCUGGAGCUGGCUAUCUGAAUCUUCCGUUUUGCGUCAACAAUUAUCAUGAUGGUCACAGACGCCCAGUCGAGUUUGACAAGCUAGUCGUCACGCAGUCAAACUUCGAGGAGAUUUUGGAAUCUUCUGUCCAUCAAGCCGCUCUACCGAUGGCCAUGAAGAACUCUGAGCUAUCCAUCCGCGACUUGCGCACCGUGGUCAGGUACUCCAGCUUAGGUUCACGCAACGAGCUUGUCAAUGAGUUUGACGGGUUCAUCGAGACGGCUCGCCAAGCUAGUGACGGCUUGUCGCAGUUUAACUCUAGAAUUUCUCGGGCAUUGGAUGGCAUACUCUCUGCCAACCGCUGGACAAUGAAAGUACUGCAAGGUAUUGAAGCCGCCCCAGAAUCCGAUGGUAUCAUCCCUCGUUUCUUUUCGCAGUAUUUGUCUGCCUUCUCUCUGGCUGUACCUCAACACUCUUCGGAGGAUGUCAUCUACGACCAAUACAUUCGACACACCUCGGAAGUCGAAGAGCAGAUUCAAGUCUGUAUCCUAGAAGCCAACACACUCCUUGGAGUUCUAGAGAACCUCGAUGAACGCCUGCUUCAAAUAUCAGACAUUGCCCAUCGCGAGGGUCUCAAGGUCGAGGACGCCAAUCGCGAACUCUUGGGUGUUCUGUGGACUAGGCUCGGCGCCAAUAGAGGUGCACUAGCGAAGCAGGAGCAACAGCUAGCAACUCUGAACGACGUUGGCAGAUAUCGCAAGACGGCUAUGCAGCAUGUCAUUUCGACACUUGUCAAGCUCAAGGACAUCGAGAACAAUCUCAGUCAACUCAGAGAUGAUGUUGCUGCACCGACUAUUGUGGACAGAGAAAGAAUGCCUUUGGAGAUGCACAUCGAUCUGAUUAGCUCUGCUGUUGAUCGACUACAAACCGUUAGGGAUGAAGGUCGCAAGGAGAAGGAUAAGAUGCUCCAGAGCAAUUUUGAGCAGAUCGACAAGCAGUCUGCCAAUAAGAGGAUUGGAUAGCAGGAAUAUGAGAGGCAGGUGGUACGAUGAUCGACUAUAACACCGCUUGGUAAUGACACAACCAGGAUACUAGCAGGAGGACCGCACAGGCGCUGGUCAUAUUGAUUAGUAGUAUGAUAUAAUGACGCUAUAUAAUAAUAAUCUCCCAAACACAUGACGUGUGAAG